UUUGUACAUAUUGUAUAAGAUCAGAAUCAACUCUUUAAUACAGCAGACGCAUAUUAUAAUGCUAAAAUCGUAUAACCUGCAUUACAUCGUUUCAUGUGAAUAAUGACAUUUAACAGGAAACCCCUCUAUCAGCAAUAAGUUCGUGUUACCCGGCUUCCUCAGUCUCUUUCUGUUAUAGGGAGUCCGGCGGAGAAGUUCAACUCGACCCGCUUGUCACUUAUCAAACUCUUCGAAACAUCACAAUGAGUGGACUUCAGGGACUCGCCCAGGAGAACAUCUGGUUUGACAAGUCCAGAUACGACGAAGCAGAGAGACGCUUCUACGAGGGCAUGAACGGCAUCCCUCAGACAUCUCAGGAGAGAGAUUCUAGUGCCAUCCUGCAGGACAUUGCUAAAGCCCGACAGAAUAUCCAGCAGUCCCUAGCCGGAGUGAAGACUGCUCUACAGGGUAGUAAAGGGCACACACGCACUCAAAAACCACGGGAGAGGAAGACCAGUCAGAAUGCCAGUAAGUCUGAGGAUCAGAGUGAGCUGGUUUCUCGUUUGAAGAGUCUAGAACUGGACAACAAGAAUUUGCACAAAGUUGUGGAUGAUUUGAGAGCCACGCUGUCCAAACUGGAGUCCAGAAUGGCCACGCUGGAGAAAAGCCAAUCGCCUGCUUCAAAGACUGUUACAUUCACCAAGGCUGCUCCUGUCCAGACACCCAAGGUUGAGGAACAUAAUGGUGCUGACGAUGACGAUGACAUUGACCUGUUUGGAAGUGAUGAGGAAGAUGAGGAGGCAGAGCGUAUCAAAGCAGAGAGAGUAAAGGAGUACUCCCAGAGGAAAGCCAAAAAACCAGCCCUCAUCGCCAAAUCAUCCAUCCUGCUGGACGUCAAACCUUGGGACGAUGAGACUGAUAUGUCCAAGCUGGAAGAGUGUGUGCGCUCCAUACAGAUGGACGGGCUCCUGUGGGGAGCUUCUAAGCUGGUUCCUGUCGGCUACGGCAUCAAAAAGCUGCAGAUCAACUGUGUGGUAGAAGACGAUAAAGUGGGAACAGACAUUCUGGAAGAGGAGAUCACCAAAUUUGAGGACUAUGUCCAGAGUGUGGAUAUUGCUGCCUUCAACAAGAUCUGAGCCUCUCACCACGAAGAACCACCUCACACUGGGUUAUGCUGCUUUUAUAUCACACGGUUACCAAUAAACUGUUCAGCCACGUGAACAAA